GAUACUUACGCAUCAUCAUUAGAUUUUUCUAUUCAGAGAGAGAGAGAGAGAGAGAGAUGGCCAUGGCUGCUACUUGCUGCCUCAAUCCCUCUCCUCCCACCUCCCGUUCAACCAACUUUCCAUCUUCUUCCUCCUCCUCCAUCAUCACUUCAAGAACAGUACAAGCCUCCAGGAAGAGGAAUGAGGUGCAGACGGGUGCGGCGAGAGUGGCGAUGAUGGUCAUCGGGCUAGUGGAGAUGGGCAACUCGUUCAUAGGGCUCGGCGAGAUCGCCGAGGCCAUGGCUAGUGAGAUGGCUGCGGCGCCCAAGGACAAGGUCACGAGAAUCGCGAGGUGGAGCGAGAAGAGGGCUUGCCCACCUUGGAGGCUCAACUCCUUUGAGACCGUCGUGCCGGAGAACCUCCCGAGGCCGCAUGCCUACCGGAAAUCGGAAUCGAUCGGGUAUUCCGAUCCCCACGAUGCGCCAACCCUCAAGGCCAGGGUCGCCAAAUCAAACCCUAGAUGCUUCUCGAUGUAAAACUCACAUGCCUAGUAAACAAAACAGCAUCUAUAAAUCUUAUAUAUACUUCCCAUCAACUCUAUUUUUGGGAUUCUUUAUAACACGUAUAUUGAAUAAUCGCCUCAUCUCAUCUUACCUAA